ACGACUAUCUGUUAGUUGGGCUCGCGCCGUCACUGUGUUUACACGUGUUGAGAGCACGCCGCGUCGCCGCCGCGCACGCGCUCUCGCGAUCGUAACAACGCAAACACCCUACAAAACAUUCACGGGAAAAAAAUAUUUCCACGCCACCCACAUUGUGAACGAAAAUAUACUGAGUGACAGUGACAUUUCGGGGGGAGACGGUGACAGUGAUACAACAAAAUUACAGUAAAAUUAUGUUCAAUUAAAGUUUUAACGUGAUCGUGGGAUAAAAUUGCCAGUGCUGUGUGUGAGGAACCAUAUAAAAUUGGUGUAACGAUCGAUCUGAGUUGCUGUGAAGUGUUGUGAACUGUUUUCUUGGAGACGAUGGGUAUGUCGCCAGCUGGUUAAGGGCGAUGAUGCGCAAAGAGAGCGCCGGUGCGACCGGCGGCACGGAGUAUGCCCUCGAUGCCGCCGAUUGCAUAUCGCUGCAGCAGAUUCUCCAGGCGUUCAACUCGACGAUAAGCGAGGAGCACGCCUGGGCCCUGUUCUACCAAGCGGCCCGCUGCUUCCAGAAAUGCUUGGCGGAAGGGUCCACCUGUUACUUGGCUACUGAGCCCAGACAUGUGAUAAUACAUAAAGACGGCAGCGUACAUCCUAGCACGCUGCUACAUCCAGGAGAUGAUAUAACGAGAGAAGAAGUCGCAUCAGAAACAAAGCUGGUGGUGAACUUGGCCAUUGUGAUUUAUACCGCGUUGGACUACACCCACGCCGAGGAUGAGGAGCGACUCAUCACGCCGGAUCUGGAGCGGCUCAUCACCGAGAUGACUGGCUGUGAUGAUGCAGAGGAAGACGAAUGUGGCGUUCUAUCCGAGGGCUCGGAGACAUCGGAGUGCGGCCGCGCGGACACCGACGACGAGGGUAUCGAGAGAGACGCUGAACCGGCCCCGCGGCGCAGGCGCACCCGGAGGCGAUUUACGCUUAGGGAUGUUAUAGAGCGUUGCGUCUGGCAUUGUGGAGGGAGCGGGCGGUGCGCUCGGGAUGCAGCCGCCGCGCACUACCGCGCGGUGUGCCGGGCCCUCGUCGCUGAGGCACUCGAGCUGGCCUCCUUCCUCGCCAGAGUCAGGGUCGGGGGCGCGAGGGACCUCGGCGCCGCUGAGGACUCCGCCACACAUUUGGACACUCUGCAGUUUUCCGAUUGGUCAAACCGAAGGAUCUGGAGAGCUUUACAAGCGCGGUUUUGGAUGCAAGUAAUUGGAGAACUAAGAAUGGGAGUGAAAUUGAAAAAAGUCAACUAUUCUAGGACACCUAUCGAAUAUGAGUUGACACCGUAUGAAAUUUUAAUGGAUGAUAUUAGGUCAAGAAGGUACACGCUUAGAAAAGUAGAUGGGGCGAUACCUCAGAGUGUAAAGAAAGACGCUCACGCAAUGAUUCUCGAAUUUAUUAGAAGUAGACCUCCACUUAAAAAGGCAUCAGAACGCAAACUGCCGCCACCCCGCCGAGAGGUGACCCCUAGGGAACAACUCCUGGCUUCAAUACAAGUCGGCAGGCAACUGAGGCCCACACCUUAUUCUAGAAGAUUAUCGACCAGUGGCUCUGGAAGUGGGCCGGGCGGGGGCGACUCGCGGCGGAGCGGUGACGUCACGCCGCACGCGCAACCCCAACGGAGACUUAUUAAAGUCGACUUUGACAACCUUGAAGAUGACGAAGAUGAGGACGACACGGAGACCUGCACUAGUCCAGAAGUAUGCGCGCCUCAACCUUUUCCAAGGCACACGGCACCACAACAGACAACCCCUAAACCAUGGAAAAGGACCGAGGAACCACCGCGGGCGCCACCCCGGACCCGAAUCUCUCACGACGAGUACCACCAGUUCUGCGACGAGACCCUCGAAUCAUACGACCUGGCGACGCAGUGCCCAUCCCGGAGAGCUUCAAUGCGGCGGCACACGGUCGCGCACCCAACAUGCCCACCCACCGAUGGCGCGCAUUCUUUGCCACAUUCCAGGCCUGGGUCUCGCGCGUCGUGCGCCGGCGCAGCGUCGUUGGCGAGCAGCGACGCGGACGCACAGCUCGGCGAGCUAUCAUGGUCGCGCAGCUCACUACAGGACGAACUCAUCAAGUCGGUUAGUGGCAGCCUUAACCACGCUCCGCAUAAACAAUGGCAGGAUGCCAUAAUGUCUGACGACCGGCUGUCCCUUACAUUGGAGGAGAUCGUGCAUAUCAGGUCUGUGCUGACGAAGGCAGAGCUAGAAGUACUGCCAGUCGAGGGCAGAGUCAAGGAAGAUGUCGAGAAGAGAAGAGUUUGCUUCCUGUGUUUAAAAACUAGAUUUGGUAUAUUCGGCCCGUGGGGGCAGAAGUGUAAACUAUGCAAAAAGACUGUCUGUCAAAAGUGCUGUUCAAAGAUGCGUAUCCCGACGGAGCACUUCGCGCAUGUGCCGGUGGUGCUGCUGAGUCCGUCGCUGCUGCCGUCGCCGGACGACGAGCCGCACUCCUCCUUCCCCAGGAGCCUAAUGGCCAGGCUCGUCUCGCCUGAACACACCGUCAGUACAUUCACAACCUUAUUUACCAUAUUAGUCUUUAUCCGCGUGACUGUGAUACUUAGAUUGACCGGGAUAAAAAGAUAUCCCUUUGCUAGAUUGGGAGUUAUAAACUCGCGCGGUGGCUCGGCGCUCGGCUUCAGCGAGCUGUCGGUGCCGCCUGCAGCCAUGUCGCGCAGCGUCGACGGGCCCGAAAGCAUGCCCGCAUUCGGCCCGCUCGCCACGCCGCCUUCCACGCUCGAUCGCAGGGCUCGGUACGGGCGCGUCGCGUCGACCGCAGCGGAACGGUUGCGCGGCGUCCAGAUGGCGGUGUGCCACGACUGCAAGGCGAUGGUGCUGCAAAUCAUCAAGUCGUCGCGCGCCUCGCGAUCGGCCUCGCGCGACCGCGCCCUCCGCCAUCUCACGCUUGACCUCGCGCCCGUCUACACCGCCGAUUGCUAGAUGGUCGAAGUAAGAGGAAUAGCGACGGACUGACACUUUAUAAACGUAAAAAAUAAGCGAAUAAUCAUCGAUGUUGCUCUAAUAAAAAAUGUAUACCUAUACCUAUCUCUUUAUUCGUAAAAAAUAUCAAAUAUCUCACAAACUUAUUUUAGCUACUGAAGUGAUUUUUUCUUGUACGCAAAUUUUGCAAGAAAUUGUAAUUAGUUAAAAUCAGUUUGUAGGAAGUUUUAUUUUUAUGAAUAAGAAGAUUAAUAUAAAAAUGAAAAUAAUUAUUGUAUUCAUAUAAUUAUAUUAAAUUGAAGUAAAUUUGUGAUCUGAAAUAUAAAACAUUAGAAUCUAUAAAUCUUCAGACUACAACGUAUCAGAAUAUUACUGUAAAAUAAUUGACAUUUCGAAUUUUUUUUUCUAAAAAUUGACAUUUUUAAUUGUAUUUUGAUGUAUUUUUUUAUUAUAUAUAUACAAAUAUUGAUUUUUAAAUAAUAAAUGUAAUAAUCGAAACUUGACACAAUUAUAGUGUGCAGUCCGCCGCUCUUCUUCCAUUCUGUAAUGGGCCUUAUUCGGCUCACCUUACCACACAACAUAGAAAGGGCGUUUUGAAUUUUAUCUGGGUAUACUUUUUUUUUUAAUUAUUAUUAUUUCAAAUUAAUAACCAUUGCAAUUAAUUAUUUUUUCCCAUCUAAUUAAUAAUGAAUAAUCUAUUUUAUUUUUAAACUUAUUACUUUAUUAUUACAAAUUUUAAAUUUCAAAAUGACGACUAACUUGUUAAAUUAUUUUAUUAACACGAAAACGAAACAGUAAAACGAAAAUAAAUAAUUUCUUACUAGACUGGGUAUUGCAAUCCUAUUUAAAAUUUAAAAUUAUAGGGAAAUAUCCAUAAAAUAUAUUACCAUUAUUAACUUUAACCUAUCUAUUUAUCCUAUUUAAGAGCUGCGCUCUUGUCGGUGGAGCUCUUGCCACUCACUAACUUUAAUAUCCAAUUUAAAUUCAGUAAUUAUAUUUUUCAAUACCUGCUAUGUUUUUAUGUAUAUUACAUAUGCAAGAUUUGUAGAUACACAAAUAUUUAAAUAAUUGGUUGAACCCAGAUGAUUCAUUGCCCUAAUUAAAGGAAUAGAUCUGAAAUAUAUUUACUGUACCGUAUGUACAUUCGACUCAUUAAUCAUUAAUUAAUGAAUUAAAGAGCUUCCGAGGUUGUGUAGUCUAUGUUGUGUUUAUUUGGUGGACCAUAUGGGUAGCGCCGCGUCUUGUAGGAUUGUUCACACUGAACCGAAGAUCGCGAUUACAGCCUCGAUAUAACGUUAUUUAUAUCUAAUAAAGUGGCCUAACUAUCCUUGGAUAUUGAUUAUUAAAUAUUAGUAAAAAUAAUCAUUUACAUAAUUUAAGUAACCAAUUAUAGUCGACUACAUAACCUAAAUAAUCGAUUAAAUAAUCUAAUAGAGUAUACUGGAUUUAAUCAUAUGUGAUUUAAGGGAUUAUUCAAAUUACACAAUUUAAAAAAAGAACUAAAAUUUUGUAACGAUACUAUCGAUUUAAUCGAUAUUGAUACUAUUAAUAGGCCAAUUAGCAUUUAGAUUAUUCUAGAAGAACAUCAUGAACGAAUUGAUCCUCGAUUAAUUAUUAUAAUUCAGUUAAACGAAAAUAAUUAAAAAAAAAAAAUUAUAACUCGAAUAUGAAUUGUAUGAAUGCAAUGAAUACUAACGGCCAAAUGACAUUCAAUAAUUGUUGUGCCAUUGACGCUGCGGUUAUGUGAGUGUGAACGAUUCCUAAUGGCUUUGUAGACGGUCAAGCUGAUUGACUCCAGCACACGUCAACUGCUGCUGAUAUGACAGAGAUGAAGAUGUUUGAUUCAAACUGCUUGAACAUCUAUGGGCCCCAUAAGGCAAUACCAUAAGCGAAACAGCUGCUAUUGUCGCAUUUUCCUCUGUUUUGCCUGCUGUAGAUAAAAUAUUUUUUGAACUUUAAUUUUUUAAAUGUAAUAUUAAAUCUGUACCCUAAUAUGAUUUUUAUAACUAAUGUUAUAAAAAUCAUACAAUUAAGUAUUUUCACAUUGAUUAUUAAAUGCAUAUAACAUGUUAAUUAGAUUUAUAUAUCAUAAAUUAUGAAUAAAUGUGUAAUUUGUAUCUGCAUACAAACAACAUGUAUGCAUUUGACAUUCUAAAAUGCUUAGAAAUGCAAUGGCGGCAGCAACAUCGCUCAAGGGAAUGUCUUAACAUAAGCAUAAAGCGGUACACAUAUUGAAUACACCUUAUAAUUAUUAGAAAAAAAUAUAGCUAUAGAAAAAGAUUUUUUAAACAUUUGAUAUGGGUACCGCGAUUAUUCUACGAGGCGUAGUGCGCGAAAACCCGAGUUUUAAAGUAGACCAUUAAAUUUUUGACAAUACCUUGUGACCAUUUUGACAGAUACGAAAUACCUAUAUAAAUUUUGUUUGUCGCACAAAUCAUUAUAAAUAUUGAAGUAAAUGAUUAGAUAAUAUUAUCAGAGAUACUCACAUUAUAUUAUUGUAUGUAAAUUAAUGAUAUAUUCCAAGAAAUUCAUAAAUAUUUUGUCACUUAUAAUAUAAUAGAUGUAUUUAUAUAUAUAUAUUUUUCCGAUUGAUAGGAUGUUUUAAUAUGUCUACAAUUUGAAUGUGAAUCAAAAUAAUCUGUGUUCAGAAAAUAUGAUGUGCUAUUAUUGUUAUUGUAAAAGAAAAAAAAAAAUAUUUAAUAAAUGUUAUUAAAAACUUAUGGUUCAUCCCCACUUAACUAAUGCCUAAUGUAAUGUUCACAAAGUGAUUUUACUAUUCUUUUUUUUUCUUACAACUUCACUCAAAUAAUUAGUUUUCAAAGAGUACUGUCAGUAAAUUAAUUAAAUGAGGAUGGACCUUAGAUUUUCUAUAAAAUUUUCAAGCAUGUUGUAUGUAGCGUACCGCACCUGCCCCCCAAAAUUCCUUUUAGACAAUAAGCUCUAUACACAGUGUAUUACAUUUAAGGCAAAUUGCACAUUUUGUCCUCACAAGUAGGCCAGUCAACUCGCCACUCGUAUCACAAUACAGCCCUUUAAUAUUUACAAUUAGGUUCCUUGUGCCAUACAUAUUAAAGUUUCAUAUAAUUUUGUAUUUAAUUUUGGGUUUUAUUGCAUGAUUUAUCGUCAUCGUAUCCCAAACAGUUUUAGCUAUCAGCCAAUUAAAAUAACACUUAGAUUGUGAAAGUGAGAUGGUAAGUGAUUCAAUAGUUUUCUAUAAAUAGAACAUGUAUAAAGAACAAAAAAUAUCAUAGCUUAGUGUAUUUAUGACUUUGCCAUUUUUUUUUUCACAAGCCAAGGGAUACGUUAGUUUUUUUUUUCUGCCAUUAAAUAGUUUUGUCGUUUUAUGUAUUCGACAUUAGAUCGAGUCUGAUGAUUGUGUAGGUAUAAUUCGAUUGAAUACACCUCAACCAUGUUUCAUUCACCCUACCAUUUAUUUAGGUGUAACUAAAUUAUUUUGCCAAAUAUAAUUAAAAGAACUUCCCAUGUCAACUUGUAAAUAUAGAUUCAUUUUCAUUAUUAUCUAUUUAGUUAGGUAUAAGUAAGUUUCUUUGAAAGUUUGUAGUAAUUUUACAACAUUUUAUAGGGUGAUGAUUAUUUUUGAAGCUUUUAUUCCCUCCGUUAGGUACCUACUUUGUCGUUAUAAGUUCUAAUUUUUCAAUAGGUACAAAACACUUGUAAUAAUUUAGUUGUAUAUGAUAUUCCUAAACGAAUCAGGCCUAAUUUUAUUUUUGAACGUAAAUAAAUAAAUCAACAUAAUCUAAAUUGUGAUUGUUCACGGCAUUUAUUGUAAUUAUUUAUUCAAAAUUUUAAUGAAAAUUACAUUGUAAGUGAUAUCGAUCCGCAGUUAUCUUGUAAAUGUGUGUAAAUUUGAGUAGUCUAUAUUAGAUGUUACAAGUUUUUCCACGUUUCUAUGUUGCAUCGAUAGUUUGCGCAGACAGAUAAAUUGUAACUGAAUGUAAACCUUGCUGUGUUAAAUAUAAGGCUCAAAAUAGAACAACAAAAUGACUAAUGCUGUCUCGCUCAUGUCCCAAAUUAUUCAAGUAACAGCUGACAUAAUCGCCGGUCAAUGAUUGAUAUCUGGAUGGCACAUAUAAAAUCGAUCAAUAGGUAAUUAGUUGAAAAUUUUCAUACGCUAAAAUUCCUGAUAGUUACGCCGGCAUUGUAUCGUUGUAAAAUAAAAACGUGGAAUACUGUACGUAGAUUGUAACUGUCUAAGAUAAAUAAAAAUACAUAAAAAUAAUAACAAAAAUAAAAUAAUUAUAAAUCGUU